GGUUCUUGUGGUGACAUUUGUGUUUGUUUGCUGUUUGGAGUAUUAAUCCUCUUCAUACUGAUUGGAGAGCUCAUUUAGAUACACAGCAAAGGAGAACAAACAGUAAUGACUGCAGGGUUGUUAGCUAUGAAGUCCACACUUGGGUUAUCCAGAGGAUUCAGGUUGCUGUGUUUCAAGCAUGUAAGAUGCUCGCUGAAGUACUGGCACCACAGUUGUUUCAGGAUGUUGCAUUCCAACCAGUUUUCCAACGUAGCAACUUCAGAUUCUAUUAAAUUGUGUGGUAAACACUACCCUCGGGAUGAAUACACAAAUGUGACUGAAAGAAUUCUGUCUAAAGUGGGUAAAAACUUGCACAACCAGAAGUACCAUCCACUCUGGCUAAUAAAAGAACGCAUUAAAGACCAUUUCUAUAAACAUUAUGUUGGACGCUUUGGCAACCCAUUGUUCUCAGUUUAUGAUAAUAUUUCUCCUACAGUUACAACAGAGCAGAACUUUGAUAGCUUGCUUAUCUCUCCUAAUCAUCCGAGUCGGAAGAAAGGAGAUAAUUACUACCUAAACUGCAGUCAUAUGCUGAGGGCUCACACGUCAGCACACCAGCGAGAUCUGAUGCGCUCUGGCCUUGAUGCCUUUUUGGUUGUAGGUGAUGUCUAUAGACGGGAUGAGAUAGACAGCAGCCAUUAUCCAGUUUUCCAUCAGAUGGAGGGAGUGCGUCUUUUUACAAAACAUGAGCUAUUUGUGGAUGUGAAAAAUGGAGAAGACCUACAUUUAUUUGAGAAUGGUCCACACACUCCUCAUAAGCAAGAGACACACACUUUGGAAGCAGUGAAACUGGUUGAGUUCAGUUUGAAACAUACACUUUCAGAACUUAUGGGUCAUUUGUUUGGUGAUGGACUUGAGAUUAGAUGGGUGGAUUGCUACUUCCCUUUCACACACCCUUCAUUUGAAAUGGAGAUCAAGUUCCAGGGAGAAUGGCUGGAGGUCCUCGGAUGUGGGGUCAUGGAACAGCAGUUGGUUAACUCAGCUGGAGCCCACGAGAAGAUUGGCUGGGCAUUUGGCCUGGGAUUAGAAAGGCUGGCCAUGAUCCUUUAUGACAUCCCAGACAUCCGUCUUUUCUGGAGUGAAGAUGAGCGAUUCCUGAAACAGUUUUUUGUGUCUCAUAUUGAUCAAAGAGUUAAAUAUAAGCCUCUUAGCAAAUAUCCACCAUUAAUAAAUGACAUCUCGUUUUGGCUGCCUUCUGAGGGAUACAGUGAAAAUGAUUUUUAUGAUUUGGUCCGAAACAUUGCGGGGGACUUGGUAGAAAAAGUUACACUUAUAGACCAGUAUACUCAUCCAAAGACAAAGAGGAUCAGCCACUGCUAUCGAAUCAUGUACCGACAUAUGGAGAGGACCCUGUCACAGGAUGAGGUCCGUAUCAUUCAUCGAACAAUCGAGAAUUCGGCAGUGAAAGAACUAAGAGUAGAGGGCAGGUUUUAACUGCAGAAAAAAAAUUGCCUAUGUGACUGGCCUUCUAAACAGACUACUAUGCAUCUAAGCUUUAUACACUGUUUAUUAAAUGGUAUUCCAUAUCAAGAUAAGUAUCUGAUUUUCUGAUAUAGUCCUUUAUCGAUGUUAUAUUUCUGCUAAAUCUUUGGCAGUUUUUUAAAAAAAUAAAAGUUACAUAUUACCUUU